CUACAUUUACCUGUGCAAGACACAGCAGACGUGCAGCAACGGAAGAGCUAGAGUCUCAGCGCGCUUGGUAGCGCCAAGCGAGUUAGCGCUCUGAGCGGUCUAAGCCACUCUGGUUGCAUGCUUCAUUCGACCAGCUUGGAAGCUUCAGCCUUCCUUCACCAACAACGAACAACAAGACGCUCCACAAGUUCCUUUGCACAAGCGAGACAAGGCUCUUACGCAAAUUUUGCACUACUUGACAUCGCACCCACUUCAAAUGCAUCCUGAAUGCUGCGGCUUGUACAGGUAAAAGCCGACGGCAGCUUCAGCCUUGCCAGAUAUGAAAGCACCUCGAUCCCGCCGUAUGCGAUACUAUCGCAUACCUGGGGCAACGACGAGGAUGAGGUCACGUACGACGACAUGCGAAACAAAACUGGACGAGAAAAAACGGGUUAUGCCAAGAUGGCCUUCUGUGCUAAGCAAGUCGCAGAAGAUGGCCUUCAACACUUCUGGAUCGACACUUGCUGCAUCGACAAGUCAAGCAGCGCGGAGCUCUCGGAAGCUAUCACAUCCAUGUUCCGUUGGUAUAAGAACUCAACCCAUCCUACUUGGAUCUCAGCUUUUCGAACCAGCAGGUGGUUCAAUCGAGGUUGGACUCUCCAAGAACUGCUUGCCCCACAUACGGUCAGCUUCUUCUCUCGCGAGGGAAAGGAGCUUGGCAACAAACUGGAUCUAGAGCAACACAUCCAUGAAGUUACGCGUAUCCCUGUUCCCGCUCUUCGAGGAGUUCCUCUGCACGAAUUCUCUAUACCGGAUCGGAUGUCCUGGGCUGCUAGCCGUGAAACUAAGCGUGAGGAAGACAAGGCAUACUCACUGUUAGGGAUAUUUGGUGUGAGCAUGUUACCAAACUACGGAGAAGAGGAGGAAGCAGCAUUUAGAAGGCUUCGAAGAGAGAUCAGAGAGAUCACAGGGAACGAUACCACAUCUUUGGAUGAAGAGGAGAAACAGCUGUUUAUGAGUACGCUACGAUUUGAUCAGAUUGAUGCACGUCACAUAACGAUCAAGAAUGCCCACGCUAAGACGUGCAAGUGGCUCCUACACAAGUCAGAGUACGUUGAUUGGCUGGAUACGGCAAAGCUGCCUCACCACCAUGGCUUCUUGUGGAUCAAGGGAAAGCCAGGAACCGGAAAGUCAACCUUAAUGAAGUUCGCUUUCGGUAAAACAAGCAAAAGCAAAACGAUGAAGCACAGCGUUGUAAUUGCCUUCUUCUUCAACGCUAGAGGGGAAGUGCUGGAAAAGUCUGUAAUUGGAAUGUAUCGGUCGCUACUAUUACAGCUGCUCGAACAAGUCCCCAGUUUACGGUGUACCUUCAAGUCCUCGAGUCUAUCACCCUCAAGCGUCAACGCAGAGUAUCAGUGGGGCGUUAACUCACUCGAAGCGCAACUCGAGCAAGCUGUGCUGGGUCUCGGAAAUACACCUGUUGUUUGUUUUAUCGAUGCGCUUGACGAGUGUGAACAACGGCAGGUUCGAAGCAUGAUAUCAUUCUUCGAAAACACUGGUGAGCUCGCGGUAUCAUUUGGCAUAUCCUUCCGGGUCUGCUUCUCGAGCAGACACUACCCUGAGAUCACGAUCAAAAAAGGCCUGAGCUUCAAGCUCGAGGGACAGGAAGGCCACAACCAGGACAUCAACAACUACCUAGAGAGCGAAUUGGAGAUUGGAGAUAGCGAGAUUGCCCAACAGGUUCGAGCAGACCUCCAAAGAAAGGCCUCUGGAGUUUUUAUAUGGGUUGUACUCGUUGUGGAUAUACUGCAGAGAGAGUAUGACCGCGGCCGCAUGUAUGCUCUAGAGCAGCGGCUCCGGGAUAUACCUGCUGAUCUUCAUCAAUUAUUCCACGACAUACUGACACGAGAUUCACGCGACAAAGAGGGCUUGAUUUUAAGCAUUCAAUGGGUCCUCUUCGCGAAGCAACCCUUGAGCCCAGAACAGCUCUAUCUCGCAGUUCUCUCUGGAGUCGAACCUGGACUUGUGUCCCAAUGGUACCCUGGCGCCAUCCCUGAGGAAGACACAAUAAGACGCUUCAUACUCGAUGCAUCCAAGGGUCUCACCGAAAUCACGAAGUCCAAAUCUCAAAAGGUUCAGUUCAUCCAUGAGUCUGUAAGAGACUUCCUGCUGAAAGACGAUGGUCUUGGGAGAAUUUGGCCGGAUCUCAGAGACAAUUUCGAAGGUCAAAGCCACGAACGGCUCAAGCAAUGCUGUUUCACCACCAUGCGCUCAAACGUGGAAGGCCACAUAAGAGUUCCCAGCGACUUUGUUAAAGCCUUGCCACAAGAGAUUACAGACUCACGUGCGGCAGUCACUCAAGCUUUUCCAGUCUUGGAAUAUGCUGUGCAGAACAUAUUACAUCAUGCCAAUGCUGCACAAGGAGCCGGCAUUGACCAGACGAACUUCAUGGCGGAUUUCCCACUCGAUCGGUGGAUAAGAUUCGCCAACUUGUUUGAGAGACAUAAGAUACGUAGGCAUACGAACUCAAUGAGCAUCCUCUAUAUCCUCGGGGAGCGCAACAUGCCAAACCUUAUCAGAUCCUAUGCGUCUGUCAAUACUUGUUUCGAGGUUGGAGCAGAGCGCUACGGGGCGCCAUUCCUAGCAGCUGUCGCGACUAAGAGCAAAGAGGCCGUGUGCGCCUUUGUCGACGCACUCAACAAAGCAAAUGGUCAAAGGAACGUCAGCCCGGAAUCUUACGUGCAUUUUUAUCAGAGCAAAGACGGACAAAGUCUUCUCCCACGGGACUUCAAAUUCUCGAAACAGAGGAAUAUCGUCGACUAUCUUAUCGAUCUUGGUGACGAGGCUGCUUUGUGUCUUGCAAUCACGACAAACGUGGUUAAUGUUGACGCAUGGCUCAACGACGGAUCAACGCCGCUGAUCUGGGCAACACAGAAUAGGCGCAGAGACAUUGUUGAGCUGCUGCUUAGCACUAACAAGGUUGAUGUUAAUGCGAAGAACAACAUUGGCCGGACACCGCUGAUGUUAGCAGCGCAGACUAGGCACAGAGACGUUGUUGAGCUGCUGCUUAGCACUGACAAGAUUGACGUGGACGCGAGGAGAGCAAUGCCGGAUUGUCGCCGCUGAUGUUGGCAGCACGAGAUGGGUGCAAAGACAUAGCGGAGAUGCUGCUUUGUAGUGGAAAAGCAAACACCGAUGCAAGAGAUAGAGAGGGAUCGACGCCGCUAAUAUUAUCAGCUCGGCA